AUGGAGACCGGGUCUGUUCAUGAGCGGGUGCGGCUUCCUGGUACUCGUAGAGAAGAUUUGCCCCCACCACUGAGCGCGGGGGAUGAGGCGGUGCUUUCCGACAGUCGGGAGCUCGCGUGCGAACAUGCUUUUGGUACUUAAAGCGUUGGUGGUUCCGUGGAUCUCCAUGGGGGCGAGGGGAGAUCAACUUGGGGUAGGAAUGAUGGGAGACGCUCUGGUGCUCACCGCGGGGGCAAGCCUGACUGCGAUAGUAGAGCGCCAUCACCCAUAGGGCCUAACAGCAGAGAGGAUGCAGCGCUAAUCACGAGUGGUGGGGUUGGUAAGUUAUCGGUGAGUAUGUGGUAAACUUUCUGUAGCCUUCCCGGAGGGAGUGGGAGAUUUUGCUUUUGGCAUAAGACCCUUCCAAUUACAGAGCUUCGCUGACGGGUAAUAACGCUUUUGCUGAUGGGUUUAGUUAUCAGUUAUUGAGGCCAUGCUCAGUGUUGAACCGGUGCACAUCGGGGGUGGAUCGUACGGAACUUUCGUUUCCGCUGGCCUCCCACGCUGCAAGAAUCCGGCGUAUAUCAAUUUUAGGAUCCGCGACAGCUCGGAUUGGCAAUUUACUACUCUUCCGACUCUCGAUUCAUGCAGUGACGGUGGCCCUAAAGUCACUGGUGUUUGGCUACGUGGGUCACUGGAUACCUCUAAGUUUAAUCAGGGCACUCCUAAAAAUCUUUUGAUCGAGGUUCCUCGGUGCCCACUGUUUUUGAGGUCUUGAACUUUGGAGUGCAAAUGGAAACCAAAGCCAGAUUCGCCUGGCGCUGCAUUGGUGAGUGGAUAUUUGCUGGGUUCGAUAUUAAGCUUUGAGUUUCUAGGAAUUGUUCUUGAAACUGGACUUGAGACAAGCCGAGUUUAUUUGUUUAUGACCAAUGGACCCAAUUGUCAGGACGAUUUGAUUGUUGAAUCACCAGACAACGAUUUAGUCGAGGCGUCUCCGAGUGAGCAUGAGUUUUUGAUGAAUGAUAUGGGAAGAAUGGCCGGACUAUUACAGGCAGAGGAGUUAGUGAAGGACGCAGGCAAUUCUUUAAGGGGUUGCUUCCCUAAAAUCAAGGGAUGGCACUGCAAAUGA